UUUGUUUCAGCCGUCGCAGCGCCGCCUCGGUCCCCCUCCAACCACCCAGGCGUGCCACCUCGUCCAGCUUCCCGGCGCCGCCGUGCCGGACCGACCUUACCUCGAGUCCUCGACCAGACGAAGAUGGCCAGCAGCAGCGCCGGAACGCCCGGCGCGGCCUACGGCUGCAGCUCGCGCCACGGCUCCUACGCCACCGCCGCGAACCGCCAGCUCACGAGGCAGAGGUCCCUGCCGGCCGCCCUCGCGGCCGCCUUCGCGCCGCGCGGCGGCGGACGCGAGCGGCCGAGAACGAGACGCCUCGGGGAUGGCGGCGGCGGCGAGCGCGCGCCGGCGCCUGGCGGCGCGGUGGGGGCGGUUGCGCGGGCGAUGUGGGCGUGGAUCGGGAGGGCAAGGAGGAAGGUGUCGGCGAUGGGCCGGAGCGCCUCGUCGUCGGCGAAGCUCCAGUACGAGCACGAGGAGUACGCGCAGAACUUCGACGACGGCGCCGCCGCAAGGGAGCCCGAGAACCUGCCGCGGUCCUUCUCGGCGCGGUACGCCAGGCAAGCGGCGCGCGACGGGGCUCGCUGGGGCCGCCGCCGGGCGCCGCCAUGACCAUGUGGUGCGCCGUGGACAGUUGCGGUGCGGGCUCCCACGCAAGCACCAACCCUUCCGCCUGUACUCCCUGACUGCGGUGUAUUCUUUGGUAACCAACCAUACCAAGGUACAGAGUCCAUUUCUGUGUCAUAAAUUCAUGAUUCAUGAACCAUUUGUAGUCGCAUACUCGCAUCAUCGCAUGGCGGGUUAGGACUUAGGAUAGUAGUGUUAUAAGGUGCAGUUGUGAUUUCUCAGCUUUGAUGAAUGCUGAUGCGCUAUGACGCCUGACGGUAUAAGUCAACUGUGCGCAUUCUGUGAUUCUGUCUCGAACUUAACCUUCGUCAAGCUCAGUUGGCUUGGCUAGCGUAUGCAAGUCGAUCUUCAAGUUUCACAAAGUGCCUUCUCGAUUUACCAUUUAACUAGGGAAAAUUCCUUGCAUAGCUCUAGAAUAAAUAGCACUCAAUUGUACAGUCCUGGAAAAAAAAUAAAAGCUCCUUAUAUGGCCUCCAUUUUA